CAGACGUGAUUAAAAAUGGAUAGGUAUAAAACGUUGCUGACACGCGUUUGUUUGUUAAUCGUUGUCAUCUCAGUAAAACGUUUGUCGCCAGCAGUAACUGGACUUAAGAUAGCUAAAAUGAACGCUAAACUUGUGUGUCUUGGACUGCUCCUUCUCGGAUCUUGCUUGGUUGCAUCAAUGCAGAUUGGCAGACGUGGAAGCAGAAGAGUUCGUUUGAUUCAUGGUGACUACGAUUGCUCGUGCUCGUAUUACUGCCCACCAUACGGCAUCAAAGCAGGCCUGUGUUACGACAAUGAUUACUGGGGCUGGGGUAGACAAGCACCACAGUACUGCUGCGUCCCCUCAUACAUCGAUUAUGACGCCCCAGAUUUUGAUAACGGUUUCACAUCAUUUGGACGCAGGAAGUGAACUAAGUGAUACAAAAUAGUUCGAUUUGACCUGAAAAUUAUCCUGCCUUCAACAACAUGUCAUUAUUAACUGACAGAUGUUAACAUCAAUAUAAACAACAAUUCUUGUUGUGUGAAGAUCACCAUGCAAUCUUGUCAACAUAUCAAAUUAGAUGUUUAAAUAUUGACACGUCACAUAACUUGAUGGGGAAUAUUAUUUCGUUCAUUUCUUUUUUCACCAUUCCAUAAUAUUAUUUCGUUUAAAAUUCCUAGUGACGGUUACUUCCUUAUGAGACUUGUACAACUUGACGCUUUUAUUGUCACAGGAAAUCGUCAUAACUCGGAGAUCAAAUGUUCAAUAAUUAACAUGUUGUUAUAGCAAUUAUUUAUUGAUUUAUUGUUGUCGUCUGUAUAACUAACAUUAUGUUUGUUACUUAAAAAUGAUAAAAAAAAUCUAUCCUGUUAAAUCAUUUUUGAAUAAAACAUUAUUUAUUGUAUUGAAUACAAA